AUGCUCGACGGACCUGCUGCGAACGAGUAUGAGCGCGUGCCGUUCAACUCCCUCCCUCUGUCCAGGCAGACACUGGAUGCCGUGCAGCACAUGGGCUUCGAAACCAUGACUGAAGUGCAGGCGCGCACUAUUCCGCCUCUUCUUGCCGGCAAGGACGUGCUCGGCGCGGCGCGGACGGGAUCCGGCAAGACGAUUGCGUUCCUCGUGCCGAGUGUCGAGAUGCUGCACUCCCUCCGGUUCAAGCCGGCAAACGGUACUGGUGUCGUGAUCAUCUCGCCUACGCGUGAGCUCGCGCUCCAGAUCCUCGGGGUUGUCAAGGACCUCAUGGCUGGACACUCACAGACGUUCGGUAUCGUCAUGGGCGGCGCGAACCGCAAGGCUGAAGCGGACAAGCUCGUCAAAGGCGUCAACCUCCUCGUCGCCACACCUGGGCGUCUCCUCGACCACCUCCAGAACACGAAGGGGUUCGUGUUCAAGAACCUAAAGGCGCUGGUCAUUGACGAGGCCGAUCGUAUCCUGGAGGUUGGUUUCGAGGAGGAGAUGAAGCAGAUCAUCAAGAUCCUCCCUAACGAGAAUCGCCAGUCGAUGUUGUUCUCGGCAACUCAGACGACCAAGGUCACUGACCUUGCGCGCAUCUCGCUCCGCACUGGGCCGCUGUACAUCAACGUCGACCAGCAGAAGGACACUAGCACGGCAGAGUUCCUCGAGCAGGGUUACGUCGUGUGCGACAGUGACCAGCGUUUCCUCCUGCUCUUCACGUUCCUGAAGCGCAACCUCAAGAAGAAGGUGAUCGUCUUCUUCUCGAGCUGCAACUCGGUGUCGUACCACGCCGAGCUACUCAACUACAUCGACGUGCCGGUGCUCGACCUCCACGGCAAGCAGAAGCAGCAGAAGCGCACCAACACGUUCUUCGAGUUCUGCAACGCACAAUCGGGCAUCUUGCUGUGUACGGACGUGGCGGCGCGUGGCCUUGACAUCCCCAAGGUCGACUGGAUCAUCCAGUUCGACCCCCCCGAUGACCCGCGCGACUACAUCCACCGUGUGGGCCGUACCGCCCGUGCUGGCAAGGCAGGCAAGUCCCUCCUCUUCCUGCUCCCCAGCGAGCUCGGCUUCCUCCGUUUCCUCAAGGUCGCCAAGGUCCCGCUCAACGAGUACCAGUUCCCUCAGCGCAAGGUCGCCGACGUGCAGCGCCAGCUUGAGAGCCUCAUCUCCAAGAACCACUACCUCAACACCACCGCGCGCGACGGGUACCGCUCCUACCUCCAGGCGUACGCUAGCUACUCCCUCAAGAAGAUCUUUGACGUCAACAAGCUCGACCUCGCCAAGGUUGGCAAGGCGUUUGGCUUCUCCGUUCCACCGAAGGUUAACAUCUCUGUGGGUUCGAUCAAGCCCAAGAAGGUCGACGACUCGGACGACGAGGACGUGCCGGUGAAGGCGCAGAAAGUCGACGACGGAGAGGUCAAGAAGGCCUACUACCGCAACCGGGGUGACAAGGGCGGCGGCCGCAAGCACAAGGGAAGGGCAUAG